AUGGCGACAGUGGUAGAUACACGUUAUGAAUACCUGCCAUCUAGUCAUAUAACGUCAGUACCUGACAAUAGAUCGAAUAAAUCAAGUAACCGGAAACUGAUGGAAGUACAUUGUUCAAACGCUCCAUGCUACGAUAUACCAACUAAUACACAUCUCCUGUGCAGUUCACCAUCACCAACAUCAAUGAUAAGUAGUCAAUCAACAGGAUCAACUUUAUUGAAAGACAAGUUCAUAUAUGAUUCUUAUUUAGAACAAAACUUGAAUCUUUUACAAGAUGAUAAAAAUAACCUAAUUAAUAUUACUUCAGACAAUAGAAUUGAAAAUUAUAAUGAAAAUUUAGGAAAAUUAUACUUAACUGGUUAUUUAUACACACCAAUAGAACCAGUAUUACACGAAAACAUAACAAUAUCAACUACGAAAGUCACUACAAUGCCAACAACAAAAUUCAACGUAAAAUUACCUCAACAUCAACAAUGUGAAAUUAAGCCAACCAAAAUACCUUCACAUAUUCAAACAAAUAGUAGUCUUGUUAUUCCACAACCAUUAUUCAUACAACCUACAUAUUCACCAUUUAUAAAAGCUGAAAAUAAUAAUAAUAAUUCUGCUUUCAUUGCAACUACGGUGACAACAACAAAAAGUAUUACUGGGCAAACUCUUACAAUCACAGAAAAUCCAGGUCAUAUUUCAUAG